GGUUGGAGGACUGCUCAAAAUGGUGGGGAAAGAAACUUUCUGACAAUGGGUGUUGCCUGUUCCUUAUAAUGUUACCUCCCACUGUGAGAAGAGGCAUUUGAAGCAAACAUUUGAAGAAGUUGGAAGCAGAAACUGCAGGUCCGAAAGAGAUGGCAGAGCCAGUUGAUUUCUGCGUUUUCAGCGUGCUGGUGACAGGAUCCAAUCGAGGGAUCGGCCUGGGUCUGGUGAAGAGGUUUCUGGAGCUCCCUUCUCCACCCAAAUGGGUCUUUGCUACAACCCUGGACCUGGAGGGAGAAGACAACAAGGAGCUGAAGGCAUUGGCUUGCAAACAUCCGAAUCUGGUGGUGUUGCAAUUAGAUGUUACUAAUCUUGAAAGCAUCCAAGCGGCUCAGAAAGAAGUGGAACAGUAUACUGGAGAAAGUGGGCUGACCAUCCUAUACAACAAUGCUGGUAUCUGGGUCUUCAACAAUCUGCAAACAGAAAAUAUGAAGGACAUGAUAGGAGUUUAUUCUGUCAAUACCAUUGGCCCACUGCUGAUGAGUCAGGCAUUCCUACCCCUGCUGAAGAAGGCAGCCCAGAGAAGCCCAUGUCAAGGGCUGAGCAUCAGCAAGGCAGCGAUUAUUAACAUGUCCAGCAGUGCAGGCUCAAUUGAACUUAUGACUUAUUGGGACCAGUAUCCAGUAACUGGAUACCGCUGCUCUAAGGCUGCUCUGAACAUGCUCACCAAAUGCCAGUCUCGUGAAUAUUCAGCCGAUGGGAUUAUGAGUGUCGCCAUCCAUCCUGGCUCAGUUGCAACUUAUCACGAAACAGCUCUGACAGUGAGCGUGGAAGAGAGCACGCAAGGCAUCAUGACUGUGCUGUCCAAGCUCUGUGAAGAGGACAACGGGACCUUUGUGGAUUGGUUGGGUCAACCAAUUCCCUGGUGAUCCAUUGGUCUUAAUAUCAUCAACUCAUCAUGGAACAAGAACAACGGAGCUUCAAAUAAACCUUUGAAUGCCAUGAAAAUA